CAAUGAGAAAGCCUCUUUGUGUGUUGUCAACGUAUAAAAGACAUUUCUGCCGCAGUUUCUUUCUUUGGAAUAAUGUCGGCUGAAUAUGAAAAUAGAGACAAUGGCCCCGAGGGCAUGGAGCCAGAUGGCAUCAUCGAGAGUAACUGGAACGAGAUCGUUGACAGUUUUGAUGAGAUGAGCCUGCGCGAGACCCUUCUCAGGGGAAUUUAUGCCUAUGGUUUUGAGAAGCCCUCCGCCAUCCAGCAGAGAGCCAUUAUCCCUUGUAUCAAGGGUUACGAUGUGAUCGCUCAGGCCCAGUCCGGUACUGGGAAGACUGCCACCUUUGCCAUCUCCAUCCUCCAGCAGGUCGAUGUGGAGCUGAAAGACACCCAGGCUCUGGUCCUGGCUCCCACCAGGGAGCUGGCUCAGCAGAUCCAGAAGGUGGUGCUGGCCCUGGGCGACUACAUGGGAGCCAUUUGCUACGCCUGCAUCGGAGGGACCAAUAUCCGCAGCGAGUCCCAAAAGCUAAUGGCCGAGCCUCCUCACAUCGUGGUGGGAACCCCCGGCCGCGUGUUCGACAUGUUGAACCGUGGACACAUCUCCUCGAAGUACAUCAAGAUGUUUGUGCUGGAUGAGGCCGACGAGAUGCUCAGUCGAGGGUUCAAGGAGCAGAUCUACGACAUCUUCAGGAAACUGGUCAGCUCCGCACAGGUGGUCCUCCUGUCGGCCACCAUGCCAGCUGACGUGUUGGAGGUCACAAAGAAGUUCAUGCGUGAACCGGUGAGGAUCCUUGUGAAGAAGGAGGAGCUGACCCUGGAGGGUAUUCGUCAGUUCUACAUCAACGUGGAGAAAGAGGAGUGGAAGCUGGACACGCUGUGUGACUUGUACGAGACACUGACCAUCACACAGGCCGUCAUCUUCAUCAACACGAGAAGGAAAGUGGACUGGCUCACCGAGAAGAUGCACGCCAGAGACUUCACCGUCUCUGCUCUGCACGGUGACAUGGACCAGAAAGAGAGAGACUUGAUCAUGAGGGAGUUCCGUUCCGGCUCCAGUCGAGUCCUCAUCACCACUGACCUGCUGGCCAGAGGUAUUGAUGUCCAGCAGGUGUCCCUGGUCAUCAACUAUGACCUGCCGACCAACAGAGAAAACUACAUCCACAGGAUUGGUCGAGGUGGCCGUUUCGGCAGAAAGGGAGUUGCCAUCAACAUGGUGACAGAGGACGACAAGCGAACCCUGAGGGACAUCGAGACCUUCUACAACACCACGGUGGAGGAGAUGCCCAUGAAUGUGGCUGACCUCAUCUAGAAGAACCCUCACACGCCCUCUGUCCUCCCCACCCCGCUUAUUUUAGAAGUCAAACCUUGUUUCUUAUAAGAUCUGAUUCCAAGAACUUCUUUUGCUAAAUUCAGCCUCGACUUUUACCCCCUCCAUCAUAAAGGAAAGGGAGAACGCAGCCACCUCUCCUUCCUUUCCUUUCAAAUAGAUUCAGCCAUGUUGGAAGGAUGAAUUACUGACCUGCUUUGUGUGCUUUCUUUCCUUAGUCCAAUCCAAGACUCACCCUGCGGCUCUCCUCUCAAAUUCCAAUUUGAACAUUUCCACCCGCGGACUUUUAGCAGAAAGUUUGUAACAAGAAUGCAAAACGACCGCAUUUCCAAAAAGCACAUUUAAAAAACAAAAAAAAAACAAGGUUCAUGAUCAAUUAAAGGAUUUUAGCUGAACAUCAAAUAACAAACUCUGCUCGGUUGUGUUAACGUUGUGCAUGUUUUCAGAGAAACUCCUGUGAAAUGUGGCUGUGAUUUGUAGCUGCUGGAUGAGAGGUUUAGACUGCAGCUCAGUUUGGACUGGAAAAUUAAUCCAACAAGAAGCGCUGCAUUUGACCUGAUCAGUAUUUAAACAACCUUCAGUGUACUUUAAAAAAACAAACAGCCUUGAAAAUUAUGACUAUGUUGCAAAGAGCAGUUUUUGGGGGCGAGAGUACACAGGGCAUACUCAAUAAAAAGACCUGUAUAGUAAAAAUCCAUCAUCAAUGAGUUGUUUACCAUUUUACUGCUGUUUCAUAUUAUAUAUAUUUUUUAUCGCUAUUGUACAUACUGCUUGACUCGUGCAGUAGCAUUCAGAUGAAGACCGACCGCUGGCCGAGGACGUUUGGAGGCAAAACGACGGUGAGUUGGGGGAAACUUUGCCUCUGGACCCUGAUGACCUGGUUGGAUUUUCACCUCUAACUUUUUGUUUUUGUUUUCUUGGGUUUUUUUUUUUUUUUUUCCCUCCACAAUAUCUUGAUUUUGAUGAGGUGUCGGUGACUUUUUGUAACCUACCUCCCCAAAAUGUCGGGGAGGGGGGGUGGCUAUCUACACGAAAGGACCAAACUAUAGAUUAAAGUAUAUAGAGACCCUCCCUACCCGUCCCCCUCUCUUAAAGCUCAUUAAAAUGCCUGUCAUCAUGGGGUGUCUGGUGUAGGAGAACUGUCAUGUUUUGGGGUGUAUAGUCAGUGCUAUUUUUUAAAAUGAAUUGACGGACUUGUUAACCUUUUUGAGACAGAAACAGUGUAUCAAGUUUUCUACAUUGGAUUCUGUAUAGUAUUUAUUUUAAUGGUCUUUAAAGAAAUAAAGGUUUCUCCUUUUAACAGUGUAAA